AUGAUAGUCGUAAGUGCGGACAGCCACAUUAAGAGCUCCAUAUUUAUAAUUGAUAUAUACAUUAACCAACUAAAUAAUUUAACAAAAUUUGUAAAAACGCUCAUUCAUGUGGAAAAAGAGAAAACAGUUUGUAAAGAAGCAUAUACAUGUACGAACAUAUGUAGCGAAAAAAAGAAUAAGGAGGAAAGGUUAUCUAACAUAAUUAAUUUAGACGAAAUAUUAGGAAACAAAACUAAGUUCACCCAUGUAAUACUAAAAGAAGCUCUUAAGCAAAUAAAAGGAAUAGAAAAAUACAAUAAAUUGAGAAAACGUUAUUCUAAAUGCUUGAAUAGGCUAAAAGAAAUUAGAUAUAAAGUAAAACUAAAAAAAAUAUUUAUUGAACAAAUUUUGAGAAAUGUUAAUAAAGAAUAUGAAAAUUUCUUAUAUGACUUAAGACAGAUAUACAUUAAAAUUAAUAGCAUACAAAUUAGUAAACUUAUCUACAGAACAGAUCUUUCCCAUCAGAAUAACGAUAAAGGAUAUAAAUCAUACAAACCUGUGAGAGAAGUAUACACUACGUUAUUAUAUAUUUUCAACCUAAAAAUAGAAGCAGCUCUAAAUUAUGUGUACAAUUUUUGUAAACACGUUAAUGAUGCAAUAAAUGCCGAAAUUACAGAAAUCUGUUCUGCCUUGUGCAGUCAGUAUGUUUCCUCCUCCGCAUAUUUCAGGAGAAGGAGGAAAUAUAUAAAAAAAAAUUUGAGGGCACUGUUUGCUUACCAGAAUAAAUCCGCACCUCGUUUCAUUAACUCAACUUGGCAGUCUAUGAAGGAUAUACCAAGUGAUGCAAACUAUGUUCAUAAGAAUUACGAAGCAUGUAGGUAUCAUACGGAAGAGAACGUAUGGUUUCAUCAAAAAAACGAAAGGAGAAGAUAUGUAAGUUAUAGUAAUAGUUACUUCCAUAUUCGUAGUACUGGCAUGCAUGGCAGUAGGAACAGUUCAUCAAGUAGCGGCGUGGGCAGCUUAAUACGAUGUAAUAAGGAUGUUUCAUAUAUUGAUAAUGAUGGUGAUAAUGAUGGUGAUAAUGAUGAUUAUAAUGAUGAUAAUAAUGAUGAUAAUAAUGAUGAUAAUAAUGAUGAUAAUAAUGAUGAUAAUAAUGAUGAUAAUAAUGAGAAUGCUGAAGAUGCGCAAAGAAAAAAGAACACCCAUCAUUUUGAAAAAGCAAACGCGAAGAAUGGAAAAAAUGAAUAUAUGAUUCCUAAUAUAGAGAAGGUUACCACCUUUAAAAAAAGAGCAAUCUAUACAUAUAAUAAACCGACGGACUCUACCGAAAUACACAAAAGCGAAGUUAAAAGGAAGUCAUCAUCAGUAGAUAACAGUGUGAAGAACAUGAAAAAAUUUAAUGUAAAUGAAAAGAGAAGAGCUUGCAUGAUUUAUGUAAGGCAAAAAAAAAGAACAGCGAAAUUGUAUAAAGAGCUCGAUCGACGUUUCAAGCAUAGUAAGAAAUUUAUUUACUUGUCCCUUCAAAGUGUUUUUGUAAAACAGGAUAAAAAAGCGAUGCUCCUUAUUACACAUGUGCUUAAUUAUUACGACAGCAUCAUCAAGUUAAAUGCCUUCUUUUACAAGUCCUUAAAAUCGUUUAUUUACGAUUAUCAGUUCUCAAGAGAAAAAGAAAGGAAGAAACAUCUUUUGAUGGAGAUAUACAUGUCUCAGUUGUCCCUCUUCCUUGGGUUAGACAAGGAUAGCUGUGUCAGUAUUACCGACCAUCUUAAUAAUAUGGAAGUAAAACAAAUUAACAAGUAA